CGACAGCACUGGAAGCAGCAGCAGCAGCAGCAGCACCGGAAGCAGCACCGGAAGAAGCAGCGUGUUUACGUUUUGCCCAAGUAGGAAAUCUAAACGGUCCUCGGCCCAGAAGCAGCAGAGCGUGGUGCAGCUGCUGGAGCUGGGGAAGUUUCCAGAAGGCUCCACUAUAAAUACGUCCCGUUCCCUCAUGGAUAAACUGUGCUGCACUUGCUCUCCUCUGCCUCUGCCUCCUCUGCUGCCUCUGCUUCUCGCCAUGUCCUAUCGCUCCUUGUCUGAUCCCACCCAGAAGAGAUAUCACAACCAGAAGAACCCAGCCAGCCUUUCCACUCGCAACAGCAUCUCUCCUCCCACCUAUCUUCCCUCUGGCAGACUCAACAUCGCUUCCCACAACAGUCCCAACGACGUCGACUCCAACUCCAACAGCCUCUCUGGCUCGUCCUCCAGCAUUCCUGUUGGCUACUCCAACCCCUACAACUAUCCUCCAGCAAACCCACAGUACAACCCUUAUGCCUUACCUGGGCCUUCCCAGCCAUAUCCAUACCAGCAUCCUCCAAAUGCUCCAAAUGCUCCUCCACACAUGCCCCAAUAUCUCCAGGGCCCUCCUCCUCCUCCUCCUUCGCAAUUGCCUGUGCCCAUACCUCCUGCUGGCCAGUAUCCCUAUCCACUGUCCUCCAACACCUCCCUCAUCUACCCCAACCAGUAUCCUCUCCCUUACACACAGCAGCAGCAGCAACAGCCCCUACCACACAUUCCCCAGCAACAGUAUCAGUCACAACAGCAAGCUCUGCUUCCUCACCUACAAUACCCAACCCCUCUACAGCAUCUACAACCUCAUGUCCAGCUAAAACCUCACCAGCCUAUACUGACUCAACUAAACCCAGUCCCAAAUCAAGACAAAAUUGACAUUUCUCCAGAGACUCCCCAGUCGCCCUCAAAAAAUCAGUUUCAUUCAAGUACAAACAAAAAAUCAAUCAAGUUCAAUCCUGCCUACAAAAAUACUGUUUUUAUCAACAACAAACUACCUUCAAUACCAAAUGAAGAGUCAAAUAAAAAAAAUUCAAAGUCAAAAAAUAGCAAGCUACCUGCUCACCAAUUUCUUAAUUUCAAUCCUGAUAACUAUAUACCUCCCAAUAGAAUGAGCUAUUCUGAUCAACACAAAACAAAAUCCAACCAAAAAAAUCAAUCAAGCUCUACUCAACACCAAAACCAAAGCCAAAAUUUACUAACUUUUAAAAAUCCAAACAUUUUAAAAGAAAUUGACGAAUGCCAUAAACUCCAACACUCAAACUCAAAAAUUAGAGAUAAUUUUGAAAAAAAGAUAUCAAAACUAAAUAAAGAACACCUGAAAAAAAUAAAACAAUUAGAAGAAAAAUAUAAAAGCGUUCAAAAAGCUGGUGAUAAAGAUAUAAAUGAUCUACAAAAUCAUUUAAAUAAAUUAGGUGGUCCCUACAAAAAUAUCAAUGACAUUGCCUAAUUCAUUCUAAUUAAAUUAAAUUAAAUUAAAUCAAAUCAAUUUAGUCAAUUUAAUCAAAUUUAAUCUUCUUAUCAUAAUAUAAUCAUAAUAUAAUCAUAAUAAUCAUAAUCAUAAUAUCAUUACACAAUCACAAUCAUUACAUUUGCUAUUGUUAUCGUUAUCGUUAUCAUUUCCAUUUCAGUUUCCAUUUCUAUUGUCAUAGGCAUUCUCAUUGUUUUGUUAAUUUUCUAU